AUGAAUGUGGAGGAGGUAAACUUCAUCGGAAAGAUGAUACUGGAUGAAGUCAUGGAACUCUUGGCCACCGUGAUGAGACCUGAAGUCGCUAAAGAUGCUCUCAAGACGUACAUCGAGGAGAGCAAGGAUCUGCCCAUUCUUGCUACAGAGGACAAUUCAAAUCUGAUUGCUGAGCAAGCAGACGCCUUCGUCGAUAUCUACUACUACUGCUUGAAUGCAGCUGCAAAGAAGGGCGUCAACCUCUCUGCGAUCUUCGAUGUCGUACAUGCCGCGAACAUGGCCAAGCGCGACCCGAAGACUGGGCAGUUUCUGAAGCGAGAGGACGGCAAGAUUAUCAAGCCAGCAGGGUGGCAGCCACCAGACGUGCGCAAGGAGAUUGAAAAUCAGAUGGCCAAUGGCUCGUGGCAACAGCAGGACAAGCGGGAUGCUCACCACGUACGAGAGUUCACAAUCGGGGCAGGACAAGGCUCUCCCGAUGUUCCGUCGGUGAUGUCCGAGGAGGAAGUCAAGUUUAUCACCAAGAUGAUCGUUGAUGAGGUUCUUGAGUUAUUUGCUACUGUACAUGAUGCCACCAAUGCCAAGAACGUCUUGAAGGGCUUCGUGGAUGCCAGCAAGGACAUUCCGAAAAUAGACGCGCCGGAAGUUGACAUCAUCGCUGAGCAAGCAGACGCCUUCGUCGAUAUCUACUACUACUGCUUGAAUGCAGCUGCAAAGAAGGGCGUCAACCUCUCUGCGAUCUUCGAUGUCGUACAUGCCGCGAACAUGGCCAAGCGCGACCCGAAGACUGGGCAGUUUCUGAAGCGAGAGGACGGCAAGAUUAUCAAGCCAGCAGGGUGGCAGCCACCCGACGUCCGAGCAGAAAUCGUUCGCCAGCAGCACAACGGAUCAUGGCCCGUCGACGAGUGUCAGAGCGCGCAGGUGACACCGGUGAAGGCUUAG